AGGUGUGCGGAAUGACCUGUGGAGAUACACGCCCACGCAUAGGUGAGAGUAUUUUGGCCAGCAUUUUCACGACACCCUUAGCCUUCUGGCUACAAGAUAUGCCCAGAUUGAGCCAAGUGAUGUACGGAUGCCGCAGUACUCAGCAGACGUGGUGGCAAUUCUUACAGUGGUAGCAGCCUUCCUGCCCUCCCUCAUUGCUUCUCCCACAAUGCUCUUCUCUGUACGGAUCCAUGAAUCUGUUGCACUACCCAUUCAUCGUCGAGCAGACUUGUUACUUAAAGUUGCUGCUCUGAAGUGUGCUCCUAUUGAACAUUUGGCCCGGAUAUUCCACAAAGGUUUUGACAAUGCAGUGAAAAGAACUGGCUACCCAGAGUCCCUGACCAGCAUUGACUCAACUCCUGCCUGGCUGACUUUCCUCAACCCAACUCUAUUUCCCCGAGGCAGAUCAUCACUUAGAUACAUAGGGGACAAUGUUGCAGUUUAUCUCACUCUGCUUACUGCAGCCAGUCGACCCCAACCUCAGUACCCUCUCAUUAUUAGGGGUCUCCUGAUGCGUCAGUAUCUUGGCACUAAGAUACUGAUGACAGGUCUGCAGGAUGCUCCAGGUCAAGUGACCAAGGGAGAGCCUUGUGGUGGACCCAUGUGUCUGCCACACCUCUGUACGCCCCCUCUCAUCCCUCACACCGUGUAUGCUGCUAUGACACAGAUACUUGUGAAGUGUAUAGAUUGGACUCCAGCUCUGUGUAAACUCAUGAGCCUUGGAAUCAAGCAGUCUGGAUUGUGGGAUUCUCUUGACCGUACUCAGGUAUGGAAUGUCCAACGACCACCAUGGCACCAUGCCCUAGUGCAGCUUGUUACUCCCAGUGUAGCAGGAGUUGUAUCGGAGGUGAUAAAGGCAGUUCCCCCGCUACCUCCAGCUAAGCCAGCUCACCCUAGCCAAUUGUCUGUACGUCUGGAACACCACUUGGCAGCCUGGACUCUACAGUUGCUGACAGGGAUGGAAGGUGUUGCUGACACAGUACCUUUGUCUGUUAUAUAUGUGGCACAUACUGUCAACUCAUACCUGCCACCAACAUUAAAGCCUACUGGGGGUCAUGUAAUUACUCAGAUAGUGGUGAGUGCCCUCUACUCGGUCAUCAAUUCUCGUUCAUCUCUAGACGAGUUGAAUGACUCCCCAAUCACAGAUGGACAGUGGGACAUGAUGAUUGCUGUGGGAGAACGGCUGUGUUCUCUACAUGAUAGCAACUAUGAUACACACUUAAAUCAGAUGACACAAGCCUUGCUGGCACAACUUGAUGAUCUAGAUGAUGAAGGUGAGGAAGACAGUCUUGAUGAUUACACAGAUGAGGAAGUGGUAGAGUCUGUAUGCACUGCCUUGGCCAACACUGUUCUCUCCUCCGUCCAGGGUCAACAUGCACUAGUGGCAGUGUGGGAAUUCCUUAAAAGAAACAUGGAGUGGGUACAAGAGACCCUUGGUGUUCCUGCUAUCCUUCCACUCACCACUGAUCAUCCUCCAUCACAGUUCAGUUUUACUGCUGAUCCUCCAAUCUACAACCCCAUCUACUACUACAAACGAGCUAUCUACACUCGACUGGAUCAGGAAAGCCUGAUGAACUUCAAAAGUGAUUGGGAUGCAAUUUUAUGGUCUGACCUGGGGCUGCCCAAAGAUACCAUCAUUGAUUUUAUCAAGCAAAGGCCAGAGUUCAAAGAAGAAGCAGUCCUCACCAAGAUCCAGUUAGCAGCUGUUAAGAAACUGAAACCUUUCCUUAAGCAGACAGAUGAUUCUGAAAUAAAGAGUGAAGAUAAAAAGUAAAUUUGAAUGCACAUACUGUACAGUACACAUAAAUACAGUACAGGUGCUCCUCUACUUACAAACGAGUUAUGUUCCUGAGGCUUGUUUGUAAGUCCAACUUUACUCUUGCAGUUACCGAAUAUAUUGUAAAAAUUGAAAAGAUUAUGGAUAUUUAGUACAGCUAUACCCUUUAAUACAGCCUUAAAACUUGGCUCACUCUUCUCCUAAAUAAUGUUUGUUCUAUCUGGAAUUUUCUUCAAAAUAAUCCAGUCUCAUCCACAUUAAACACCUGUUCUGACAGUUAAACCCCCUCAAUGAUGAUGUUUGUAUCUCUGAAAGUUUGUAAGUUGAACAAUCUUAAGUAGAGGAGCACCUGUAUACAGUAUAUGAACAUAUAACUGUAAACACAGACAUAUAAAUAGCCAAAUAAAGCACAUAUGCUUCUGCACAUAUACUGUACAAACAAACUAUCACUUACAUCUGUACAUAUACACACUCAUACAAAUAAAUUCACACAUAUUUGUUAAAAUGAAGACCUUAUUAUUGUUGUAUAGUAUCAACAUGUUUGCUUGAAAAUGUUAAUGCUAAAUUUGCUCACCUAUUAAGUUAAGGGACAACUCCAGUGGAGUUAAGCUUGAACACUCAAUCACUUUUAUAAAGUUUACUUAUAAAAAGUUUUGCAAAACUAAUUUUCAUUUGCUUGGGAUAACUCUGACAAUCAGAGGAAAAGGUAACGUAUUAUCUACAUUUUAUUGUAAAAGCAAUUCUGUAACAUUUUAUGCUAUGUAUCAUUUCACCACUUACCUUACUAGCCAUUCAGGUGGUUGAUUUGUUCGUUUUGUUCUUUAUUAAUUUGUUACGACCUUUACUCUCCAGUGUUUGUUCAGUGUAGGAGGAAACCAGAGUAUACAAAGAAAACCUGUGAUGUCUGGUAUGAUCAUACCCUUCUCACAUCUCUCCAGGGCCAGGGAUUGAACCCAAGACACAGUAUAGUUAGAGAUCACAUGUUACUGCUGCAUCAUAAUUAUAUACAGUAUACUGUAGUUCUGUAUAUGUCAAAAUCCAUUUGUUAGAGAUUAGAGAAAUACCGUACAGUUACCUUGAUUGAAAAUUAUUUCUGUAAGGUUCAUUAAUUGUAGUUUUUUUUCAUAAGUUUUAAAUAAAUCGCAUUAUGAUUGUCAUCUACCAGAAUUUAGAGGCCUAGCAAAGUUUAAAUAUGUAAUUUCUAUAUAUGUUUGCAUCAUAUAAAGUUGCUUAAACAAAAUUUUGCCCUGUGUCUAUUGAUGCAACUUUACCUGGCUUGCUAAGUAUAAUAGGUAUCAAUAUGGGUUUCCAAGGAUUCCCUUUGCUGAUGUCAAACCCAGUUUGUAUCAUUGAAUAUGUUGCCUUUGAAAUUAUAUUUCUUAUAGAUUUUCAUGAUAAUACUUUACCUUAAAAAAAAAUUAUAAAGGAAACCCUUAAUAUUAAUGCCACUAACAAAUGAACUGAGUUUGUCCUUUUUAUAUUGUUUCCAUAUUUUUUUUUCUCCUGAAUAUACAUAACAGACUCACUUGUAAUUCCAUACAGCAACAGAUCUUCAGCUCGGGCAGAACUUAACCCCUUCACUACGGGGAUGCCACUUUUAAUACUGUAUUUCAUUUGGCUAAUGCCAGACGAUUUUAUUCAGCUCAGAGGGGAAGCUUUACACAAGGGGUCAGUUAAAGAGUCUCAGGUCCCAUCCCCAAAAAAUAAAUAAAUCCUCUUUUGAAUAUUUUUUCUCCACUGUACAGUAUCUUCAGUACUAUCUGCUAGCAUCACUAAGUUGUAUGCUGAUGACUUAGUGCUGAUAGUAUUGAAGAAAUUGAAGGGUGGAAUAGAGUCAAAAGGCUUCAGUGAAUUUGGCCAAAACAAAAGUACUGAUCAGUGGUGUGGAAAAUGGUCCUGUGUUUUCUGUAAGAAAGGUAUUACGUAGAUGCAAAUGAAUAACAUGCAGUGAGUGUGGAGGGUGGGUAUACAAGAGGUGUAGAGGAGCAGAUGACUGACUGCAGGAUGUUGCUGACUUUUAAUGCUCUGUAUACACAGAUAAUCAUAUGGCCUUGGUAAAGCUAGAGAAACUCAGCAUUUGGAUAUGUCCCUGGACUGUGUCAAUGAGUUUUGUUAUCUGGGUGACAUGAUCACUGUUGGAGGGGGUUACAAGAGUCAGAAGUGGCUGGAGGAAGUUUAGGGAGUUGCUACCUUUAUUGAUGGCAAGAAGACCUUCCCCUGCAUGUAAGAAAAGAUGAGAAGUGUGAUGCUGUAUGGCAGUGAAACAUGAUGGUUAAAGAGGAUGACACAGAUAGCUUGAACAAGCUGAAAUGAAAAUGGUGAUAUGUAUGUGUAAUGUGAUACUGAAAGAUAAGAAACCUUGUUCAGAGCUACAGUAAAACCCCCAUAAUUUGUACUCCCCUAAGUUGAGAUCACUCAUAAUUCAUAAUGUUUUGCUGUUACCAAAUAUGAGGUGUUGAUUAAUGCAAGGGCAAAAUCGCCACCUGAGCAAAAAUGCGAUUUUUUGGACCAUUCGUUUCAGAAAGUUUCAUUCUACUAUGACACAAGAUGGUAGGACGAGUUCGCCUUUGGUUUACUGACAAUAUCCCAUUGAAUCAUGUGGUGUAUAACUCCUGGCGUCUCUGUGCUGCCUGCGGUAAUUUCGGUGUCUGGCGAAAGUAAAGCAAGGUCGAACUUCCCAUUGGCCCGGCGACCAUUCACAGCCUCCCUUAUUCCCUGAGCUAAUCAGCAUGUCGGGAAGGAGCAUGCCAACCAAUGAGAAGCCCGCUACGUUCUAUUUUCGGCGUCCCGGAGGAGGAAGAUGUAUCUGAUGAUGAUCAGAUUGACUACUAGCCACCUACCCUACCUCCCCUGGUACCAAGUUUUUUAGCAGAGCAUAAUCAUCAUCUACAGUGAGUGUUACCAUUAUUUAUUAUAUUUUUACUUUUUUUACAAUAUAAAUGUAUUGAUUUAUGUACAGAACUUUAUAUUUCAUUAUUUUCAUGAAUGUUAAUUUCACCCCAUUUCAUUAUUUAAUGUCGGUGUACAUAAAAAUUAUACAUCACACUUCGUAUAUUACAAGGAUCACAUUCUGCAUUAAAUCACCUUUAAAAUGAGACUUAACUGAACAGAAUUGAUGAACUUUGGGAGGUUCUAUGAAAUUUUGAAUAUGAGCAAACUUUAAACCUCAUUUUCUCAAAACUUGGUUUUGGCACAUUCGCCCUUGCAUUAAUCAAUGCCUCACAAAUGUUACAAUUUUUUUUUAUAUUUGGUAAAAUGUGGAAUUAUAUCUGGCCACCUUGUAUUAUAGUGAAAAAAGAGCAUAAAUGAAUGGAAAAUUUAUAUGUACAGUACACUAGGUAAUGCAUUAUGUUAUCGGGAGAGAAUUUUGUAAUUUUCAUGAAAAUGUGAUAUGCAAGGCUAAAAUAAAUGAAAAUCCAGAGAUUC